CUACCUCCACAGCUAAACGCACGAACAAAUCGACUCUGCGCGAGAGAUACACACACUCUGUGUUCCCGUUUUCGUCAAGGCGUAUAUCCCACAAGCAAAACCGAACAAGAGAGAGGCCCCGAACCAAAUAACUAAGUGAGUGUGAGUGUGAUUGCCGAUAUACCCCGUGGUUUGAAGGUGAGGCGCAGGAGGUGAGGGCUCCAGAGGAGACUACUGCUGCUGCUCUAUCACAAUUUGUGAAGUUGGUGAGCAAUCGCAAGCCGGGGGCAUUUUAAAUAGGAUUCGGUGAGAAAGAGAGGGAGAAUAUAUUUGAGAGAGAUAAUAAUACGUACGAGAGAGAGAGAGAGCAAGAGAGAGUGAGGGAGAGAUAAAAAACACGUCGGGUUAUUUUUUAUGUUAUUGCUAACGUUUUGAUUCUGUAUAUCUACGAUAUAUCGCUGUCCAAUGCUCGGUCAAGGGGUAUAUACCGUGUUGUCGUGUCAAUUUAUCAGUUUAUUUAACAAUAGUAGAUUUUGGUUUUAACACUGUAACGUAUUAUGAGUGAUGUAUACUAUUUUGGAGUAGAACGGAUAAAUGUAACGAGUGACAUCGACCAACAAGGACAACGUCGAAUGAAAAAUACGUCUAUCUCGGUUACAACUGUAGUCCAUCAAAGUCAAAUUUCAAAGGAAAGUUGGUAGUAAAAAGUGUCAGUGUGGAUUUUUACAUAUUUCAUAAAUUGUCAAUCCGGGAGAAUCAUAAAAUUGAGGGAUAAAAAUUUUAUCGACCAAAAAUAAGAGACUGAUAUAAGAGCAAACAUAAAUCCGGCGAGUACGUGGAGAAAGGAGUUUCGUGUCUGCACAUUUUAUUUUUCAAACGUAUAGAAAAAUCUUGGAGAGGUUUUUCAACAUUGAAUUUUGCAAGUCACAUAUUAUUUUUUGAAAUUCAACGGGGAGCAAGAAAUCUCCUGGAAAGCAACGUGCGAGGAGCGAUCGUUCAGCCGAGACCGGUGGCAGUCGCGGCGAGUGACACGGUCGAAAUUUUCGUAUAUAAUAUACGAGGUGCUUUAGUUGGUUUCCACGCCGUAUAUAUUUAUAUAUACAUGUGCAUAUAUGUGUUGAGGGUGCAUGUGUAGAGUCACUGCUGGAUACGGUUGGUGGGGAUAGAGAGAAAGGGAGAGAGAGAGAGGCAGGAGUUAACCGUAGGAUCGCGAAGAGGCGGGUAUAAAGGCCCCGUGCAGUGCUGCCCCCUAUUGGCUCAGACUUUGUGUUUAUCCCCACUCUUGUGAGUAGAGGAGAGGGACAACGAGAUCGUGUGGUAGGGAGAGAGAGAGGGAGAGAAGAGAGAAACAGUCCAUCGAGUAGUACGUAGAGCCCCAGAGGAGAACGGGGUUUCCAAGAGAGUGUGCCGUGUUAGAGCUCGAUCGCGCGAUUCCCCACCACAGGACGUUUGAAACGUAUGAAAUUUCGCAAGCACUACUGACGGAGUAUAUUGCGCCCCACGAGUCACAUCGUGAUAUCGCUCGUGGUGCACGGUUUAAAGCCAACAAAACAAUAAAAACGAAGGAAAAAUCAUUAUUUGAAAGGAAAUAUUUGAAACAAUAUUAGACAUAAUAUUCAACGAUUUUCUUUGUUUAUAUCGUCAUUCGUUCCAAGGGAAUUUGUGGGAUAAACCGAGCUGAGAGAGUGAAAACCAGUUGCCGAGGAAAUACAGUCUCACGUCAAUUCACGAGGCAUAAAGGAAGCAGCAGUUGAUUCUCAACUUUGUGUUUUUUCAAUAAUAAAAACAUACAGUGAAAUACGUCGAGAGGAGAUUCAAAGAAUUGAGUAGUUUACGUUUGAAAUUUGAGGGUAAAAAAUACAGGAGCGCGCCGCGCACAAACCGCAGACCUGUCUCUCCGUGGAUAAUCCUCGUAUGUCCGCGCUCGUUGUGCCGCCGCCGGCUAAACGAAGGGGAUUCAAACCAGACAGAGGGUGAAAUAGAAUAUCUCGCGCCGGGCAGUGUGAGACGCGCGUGCGGAGUGAAGGAGGAGUUGCUAAAAAACAACUCCAACAGUGAGAAACAUAUAUUUGCAUUGAAGAGGGAGAAAUACAGAGUUUGGAUAGCUGCGAUAACUCUCAGCAGUGGAUAUUUUCGAGGACUGAGGGAGGAAGAAAAAGAGGGACAGAGGCUGUAAAAAACGAGUGAGAUAUAAAACGACGAUUUUUCCUCGCAAUACGCCAUCUCACGGACAUAGAAAGAAACAUAGUUUAUCACAAUGGCUUCCGUGAAAGACACGGCGACUUUCUUCACUGAGGGUACAACAAGUCAAUUCGAACACGUAUUAAAAUUGUAUCCACAGGCCCUCAGAUUACAGGCAGAUAGGAAAAAGAAAAAACCCGAGGAGCUUGUCAAAUUGGACGACUGGUACCAAAAUGAAUUGCCUAAGACAAUCAAGUCACGUGGAAAGGACGCCCAUCUCAUUCACGAGGAGCUUGUGCAGACGAUGAAAUGGAAACAGACCCGUGGAAAGUUCUAUCCCCAGUUGAACUACUUGGUAAAAGUAAAUACACCCCGUGCAGUGAUGGCUGAAACGAAGAAGGCAUUCAAAAAAUUACCAAAUUUGGAACAAGCUAUAACAGCACUGUCGAAUCUCAAAGGUGUGGGUACAACAAUGGCAUCGGCACUGUUGGCAGCGGCAUCACCCGAGAACGCACCAUUCAUGGCUGAUGAGUGUCUUAUGGCGAUACCCGAGAUCGAGGGAAUUGACUAUACGACCAAGGAGUACCUCAAUUUUGUUCAACACAUUCAGAAUACAGUCGAGAGGCUCAACAAACAGACGACAAAUGGAAAAUCCUGGAGUCCUCACAGAGUUGAGCUGGCCCUGUGGACUCACUACGUUGCGUCAGAAUUGAAGCCAGAAUUGCUGGAAGGCAUUCCAGGAGCAACAGAAAAUGGAAAUACUCAUGCAUCGAGCAAUGGUGAAGCAACAGAGCCAUCGGACGACAGCAAUUCAGAGGUAGCUGUUGUCAACGGCAAGGAGCCAACAACAAUAAAUCCAGCAGCUAUAGAUGAGAACAGCACUACAACAUCAUUCACUGAGGAUUCACUUGACAAACCACCAACACCAAUAACAGCCGCUGUACCAAGUGAAGAUACUAAUGAUUCAAUUGCAACUAACGAGAAUGAGGACUGUAGCAAUACACCAAGAGCGACUGACAGUGAGGAUACGGAGGACUCGCAGGACGCACAGGAGCCACCAGCCAAGAAAACUAAGAAGUGACCCCAGGGCCAUAAUACUAUUAAACAUCCUGUCCAUAGCCUCGUGUCGGCCGCUAAUAUGACACCCAUCACGGCAAGACGCUUCUAAUCUGUGUUUUUAAAAUCCACUCGAAGUAACAGAAAAAUAAGCAAACUGAAUAAUUUGAAAUAAUUUCGAUUAUUAUCCACUUAACUCCCGCCUCUUUAUCAUCACCAACAUCCCUCAGAGUUGUGGAAAUUACGUAUAGGUCUUUGGUAGUAUUUAAUUAUACUCGUUUACAUUUUCUGCGUGUCGACAGUAUUCGUCGACUCUUUAGACAUCGCGAUAAAAAAAAUUACAUGGACUUUCUUUUCCUCCUCCUUAGCUCGAGAAUUUAGUUUACUAUCGCUUAUUAUUUUCAUCAGGUGUUUGGUGGAAUGAUGGAACUAUGUAGGUAAUUUUGUAUAUUGAAUUUUAUUUUCAUGCAUUUAAAGGACGCUUCGAAAAUUGACUCUGAUCCUGUUGAGAUUUCGAGUAUAAAUUUACUAGGGAGUAAUUGAGUCAUUUGAUGCAGAGUCUUGAGGGAAACUGGUUGAUUUAAUAAUUAUCGAGAGCGUUUAAUUUAUCAUUUCUAUUAAUUCUUCUACUUUGAAUGUAAAAGAUGAUAAUCGAGUGACGAAGAGAUUGUAGUGACAAAAAGUAAUCGAAAAUGAAAAAAAUUAUGAAGAAAAUUACUAGAUGAUGAAUGGAAAUUAUAAUAAUAAUAAUGCACCAACCCGUGACCAGGCACGACGGCGGUAAGCUGAUUAUGAUGAUAAAAUAAUAAUAUUAAUGAUUAAUAAUAAUUAUAAUUGUAAUACCGAAAUCAUUACCAUAAUUUAUAUACCUUACACGAUGAAGUAAAAAACCAAUAAAUGAAAGAAAAAAAAUAAAACUACAUGUCGUGAUGCAUGGAGUUAAACCAAAUACCUUGUAAGUAAAACAUUAGAAAAUGAAUGAAAAAGUAAUUAAUUCCAAGGGAGUAAACAAAUUAGCGAAAAUGUCCAUCAAAAAUUUGAUGUGAAAUGAAGAAAACAAAUCCAUUUACACACACAUACAUACAGACACACACACAUUACAGACGAUGUCAAGAUUUUUCUGUACAGGGAUUUAACUAGUAUUUUUGCAUAAUAAUUGAAUGAGAAAACGUGAAAAAUACGAGAGGUAUAAAAACGAAAAAAAAUCACAUAACUCAGAAGAAAAAGACAACAAAAAAACGGGAGUAAGAAUUGUAGGAGUGUGUUUCAACCGAAUCUACAAGUGACGCAUGUAUGAUUUGUUUUUUUUUCGCGCAAAUGACGAGUGACUGAACAAUUAUUAUUCCUUUCUUUCCCUUGAACAAACUAAAAAUAAAUAAGUAAUGCUUCGCCAUUAACGAUCAUGCGACAAUUGUUUUUCUGUUAUUACAAACGUAAUAAUACCUAAACAUAAACUACAUAGAUUGUGAUUUAGAUGAAGAGAACUCCAUUUGUAAGGGCAGACUAUUUCGAAUUAAAGAGGCCAUUCUCUGCGCACUGUCUAAUGACAUUAAAUAAAACUUGAAAAAAAAACUUACAAUUUUUCAAUACUUCAGGAAAGUCCCUUUACUUCAAUGUACUUUAAUAUUCAUACGUCAUUUUAUUAUACUAUUCACACUGAGAUUAGCGUGGAAAGCGCAAUUUUAGUUUUUUAAUUCAUACAAAUCUUUAGAAUCACUUGAAUUCCCUGAAUCGAAAACAAUUGCAUUAUUAACUCGCGGAGAACUGAACAUUCCACAAUGAUUAACAUUUCAAUUGAGAGAAAUAGUCGAUCGGGCAUUGGAUACACACAGCCCCCCACCCAUUCCCCCCGCCCCCCUCCCCUUCCAGAGGUGUACGCACGUCUCCGAGAGUCGAUGGCAUCGAUCCACGAGGGCUUGAACAAUUAUUACUCCAUUUCUUUUGCUCUUAUCGUCAUAACUUCACUCAGACGGAAGUUAUGAAGGUGGAUGGGAAACGUCGUUUAUUUCCGGUAUUGAUUGGCGCGGAAACGUCGGGAGGCGAACUUCGUACUCUUCUUUUUUCCCCUGUCAUCUUUCAAAUUUCCCCCUCCCCCCUCUCUGUUUUAUGAUUACCAGAGCACUGAUUACAAAGACACGCAAUUUGCAAAAGCUUCACUCUUUCAUCAUGGUAAUUAAACAAAAACGACAUCUCGACAAUUACCGAAAUGGCAUUAUAUCAUUAUUAUCAUUAAUGAAUAUGAAUAUUUCAAAUGCGCGACAUUUCACGCAGAAGAAGGAUGAAGAAAAAUAUGAAACCUGAGGGUGGUUAUGGGCUCGUUUCAGGGCGUGAACGUUUUUAUAAACGUUAAUGUAGCGAUUAGGAGAAUGAGGAAAUAUAGUGUAAUAAUAAAAAAAAACAAAAAUGUGCGGAGCACUGCCACGGAACGACUUGCCUGACGACAUCCCCCUGGGUUGGAUAUAUGCAUAAAUAAACGUGAUACGUGAUAUAUACACAACUAAAUUCAUGUGCUUGCGGUAAAAUGCAGAGAGAAAAAAAACAUUGAAGAAGGAAAUGACAAAUGUUUAGAUGUUAAGUAAAAAUCGUAUUGUCGAUUUUUAAACUGAUGGAAUAGAGUGAAUGAGUAUAAAACAAAAAUAAAUUAAUAAAUAUAUUAUAAAUAAAUAAAGAACAAGACUUCUCAUAUUGUACCUCGUAUUAGAAUCCUGGAACAAUUUAUAUAUAUAAAAGUAACGAUUAAAAAAAAAAAUACAAAACAUUAUCCUAGCGCUGGAUACUAUAAAUUUAGAUAUUUCACUUAUGGCCUUAAAAUGCAGUUACGAGGAAAAUGGAAAAUAAGCAAGACGCAAGAACUACCGAUUCAUUAAAAACACUAGUUUGUUUUUUUUUUCAUUAGUUAUUUAACGAGUAUCAUUACUGGUUGUUCGAACGUAAGUAAUAAAAACAAGAAGAUAUUAAUUGUAAAGAGCGUAACGAUGAGAAAAAUGGAUAAUGGGUAUGAGAGAGUUGAAUGAAUGUAUGGGAUUCGUGUGAAUCGAUGAAGAAACAUCUCCGUAAUAGUAUCCGCUCGUAGUGUCGUUUAGUGCGCUGAUUGCGGGGCGUGAUAUACCGAUGAAUAUAUACGAUACACACAAGAAAUAUACUGCAUAAUAAGAGAGAAUGCAAGGAUAACGACGUUACUACCAAUGUUGAGCGAAUGAAAAAAACAAAAAUAAUCCAAGUAGAACCUACACACUUUGCGUUAUUAAAAUAAUACUGAGGCAUGGGGUGUCACGGCGGUUGUCCAUUUGGCGUUAUAAUGAACAAAAAAACAAUGACUAGAAAAUAAUAAUGAUUGUAAUUACUGGAGUGACGUAUUAAUUGUAGCGAAGGAUUAUUUAAAAAAUAAAAACUACACGGUGAAUCUCAA